GUAACCGCGCGGAGCUCUUUCGUAAGACUCUUCACUCGGAAAUGUCGAGGAGAAUCAACGACACACUUACGCCUCCCCUCUGGUGGUCAUUUCCGGAAGUAGCGGCCAAUCGCGGGAGCUCUCAGAGGCGCAACCGAUACUACUACACGCCGCUGAUGGAGAAGUACGAGAAGAUAUCCAAAAUUGGAGAAGGCUCGUACGGGGUGGUGUUCAAGUGCCGGGUUCGGGACACUGGUCAGCUGGUGGCCGUCAAGAAGUACGUCGAGACAGAGGACGAUCCGCUCAUCAAGAAGAUCGCGCUGCGGGAGAUCCGUAUGCUCAAGCAAUUGAAGCACCCAAACCUUGUGAACUUGAUCGAGGUGUUCCGGCGGAAACGGAAGCUGCACCUAGUGUUCGAGUACUGCGAACACACCGUCCUAGACUUCCUGGACAAACAUCCAAAAGGCGUUCCAGACGCGCUUACGAAGAGGAUGAUAUUCCAGACGCUACAAGCCAUCAACUUCUGCCACUCGCAUAACUGCAUUCACAGGGAUGUCAAGCCGGAGAACAUCUUGCUCACCAAGGAUGGAAUUGUCAAGCUUUGUGACUUUGGCUUUGCUAGGACGCUAAGUCCAGGGGAGAACUAUACGGAUUACGUCGCCACCCGCUGGUACCGGGCGCCCGAGCUGCUGGUGGGCGACACCCAGUACGGCCCGCCUGUCGACGUCUGGGCUGUGGGCUGCGUCGCCGCCGAGUUGAUGCGUGGCGAGGCGUUGUGGCCCGGAAAGUCGGACGUCGACCAACUCUACCUCAUCCGCAGGACACUUGGCGAGCUCAUACCCAGGCACUUGCAGAUCUUCAAAACCAACGACUUUUUCGCUGGGGUCAGCAUUCCGGACCCGGAUGUAGUCGAGUCCCUACAGUCUGCAAUACCAGCAGCCGUAGACACUUUUGGUAUCGAUUUCUUGAAGAAAUGUCUUGACAAGGACCCUGCCAAACGAUGGACGUGCGAGCAAUUGCUGAAGCACCCGUACCUCGCCGACUGCAAAGCUUCGGAGGUGGACGUCGAGGACAACGUUCGAAUACGAAGGGAAAAGUCCAGGAACGGUGCUCAACACCAGUCAUUAUUUCCACACCUUCCUGGUCACUCCGGCAGUGGCUACCCGACGCCAGACAUCCGGGCAUCGCACUUGCACUCCCGACAUUCGCAGCCGCUGCAGAGUCAGCAGUCGCAGCAGUCGUCUUCGCGCAAGUUCGACCACUUGCCAAACAUCUGACGCCUAGGUCCCGGGACACUCUACCACUCGGUCCCAAAGUCCUUCACCGGAUGGUCCUGGAAGUAGUCCCGAGGCAGAGGCUGGCAUAAUUUCUGUAAUGAUGUGCGCUCUCCGUGCUGAAUACCGUGAUGACCUCGACGCUGUGAUUUGCAAGAGUUGUCAUUGUAUAUCCAGGAAGUUUGAGACUGUGUGACCCGUACAAGAGGACGUGUGUUUUCAAGGCUAUGUUCAAUUGAUGCGCCAGACGGCCGUUUUCGUGAUUUGCUUUUGU